CCUUUGUGACUGACGAAUCAUAGACGCUGAGACUUAGGAGAUUAUCAACAUUUUUGGUCUUUCGCACACAUUCCAAUUGUUGUUUGGGUUCGGCCGGUCCGCCAAUAGCACUCCUGUCAACCUGCAAGUCGACAUGCUUCAGCCGUCGGAUGCCUUCCCCUCAUAUUGGCUGACAGGUUAGACAAAUUGAGUUGCAUAUUUUAGUUGUGAUGGUGGGCCGGACCGUCCAAGCUUAUAUGUAAAACCGAUAAGCUCCAUUCUGUUCCUGAACAAAUGCCUGUGCAAUGUUGCUGUAGAAUUCUGCCCCCAAACUUCAACCAAGAAACGACCUAUCUGGCCGUGAGCCAGCUUCCUGACAACCAUCAUGGUUGAUUCAGCACUCUUUGGCCUGCUUGUGAAGCGGGCUGACAUCCUUGAUCCUAGCAAUGACCCUAACAUAGGGUCUUCUCGGGGUAAUGCAUCCUCAACAACUUCUGAGGCCAUGGAGAAUCUUGGAGUCAAUGACUCGACAUCGCUCUCUGCGCUUGUCAGCACUCUAGUUCCCGCGUUAGUGAUCGCAGUUUUCUGGUUUGGUCUGUUUUUGAUCUGUCGACGGACUCAACUCCGGUGGUACGCGCCCCGGACUCAUCUGCCAAACUGGCAUAAGCAUGAACGGAGUCCCCAGUUGCCUUCAGGCUUUAUCAAUUGGUUUGGUCAUUUUCUUAAGAUCUCCGAUGGACAUGUCCUUCACUCUUCAUCUAUGGACGGAUAUCUCUUUCUCCGAUUCCUGCGAGUGCUGUGUGCUACAUGUUUUACUGGAUGCCUGAUUACAUGGCCCAUCUUGCUUCCCAUCCAUGCAACUGGUGGUGCAGGCAACACUCAGCUGGACGCAUUGAGCUUUAGCAACGUGAAAGACCCAAAGCGCUAUUAUGUUCACGCCCUAAUGGCAAUCAUCCUCUUUACGUUUGUUUUCUACGUGAUAACACGGGAAAGUAUAUUCUACGCCAAUCUCCGUCAAGCGUAUCUUAACUCGCCCGCAUAUGUUAAUCGGAUUUCCUCGAGGACGGUUCUUUUUAUGUCGGUCCCAGAGGAAUACAAGAGUGAGAAAAAGCUGCGGCAGGUUUUCGGUGAUUCGAUCCACCGGAUUUGGAUCACUUCUGAUUGUAAAAAGUUGGAUAAGCUGGUCCGCAAAAGGGACAAAUUGGCCUUCAGAUUGGAGAGCGCAGAGACAAGGCUGAUCCGAUCAGCGAACUCUGCACGUCUGAAAACUCUGAGACAAGGCCGCAUCCCAUCUGACAGUUCUCUUGACUCUGAAACUGGCACUUCACCGUGGUUUCAUGGCAUUCGGCGACCGACCCAUCGCCUCAAAUGGUUCGGAGAAAAGAUCGAUACGAUCAAUUGGCUGCGGGACCAGCUUGCGGAAGUUAUACAGGAGGUCACCCAUCUACAACAGAGGUAUAAGGACGGGGAAAUGAAAUAUCUCUCUGCGGUCUUCAUCGAAUUCAGCACUCAGUCCGACGCGCAGAUCGCGUUACAGACUCUGUCCCAUCACCAACCACUCCAUAUGACCCCUCGGUUCAUUGGCAUCUCUCCUAAGGAGGUUGUCUGGUCUGCACUAAACCUCAGCUGGUGGCAACGUAUUGUGCGAAAGUUCCUGGUCCAGGGUGGCAUCGCUGCACUUGUCAUAUUCUGGUCGAUUCCGUCUGCCCUUGUGGGUACUAUCUCUAAUAUCACAUACCUCUCCGACAUGGUACCGUUUUUGCACUGGAUAGAUAAACUUCCAGAGACACUCAAAGGUGUAAUUGCAGGAUUGUUGCCAUCUGCGGCACUUGUGCUUCUCAUGUCCCUGGUGCCAAUCAUCUGCCGAGCCUGUGCUCGAAGCGCCGGUGUGCCAUCCUCCGCCCGGGUGGAACUGUUCACACAAAGUGCCCAUUUUUGCUUCCAGGUCGUUCAGGUCUUUCUGGUUACUACGUUGACCUCAGCAGCGUCUGCCGCAACCACGCAAAUCAUCAAAGACCCUUUGUCAGCCAAGGAUCUUCUUGCCGAGAACCUCCCCAAGGCAACCAAUUUCUAUAUAUCCUAUUUCUUGCUUCAAGGAUUGACAAUGAGCUCGAUGGCUGUGGUGCAGGUUGCUGGUGCUUUGUUCUUCAAAUUCAUCGCUACCUUUUUUGAUCGCUCCCCCCGGCGUUUGUAUCAAAGAUGGUCAGCCCUCAGCGGUAUCAGCUGGGGCAACAUCUUCCCCGUGUUUACCAAUAUGGGUGUAAUUGCUUUGACAUACUCCUGCAUCGCACCCCUCAUUCUAGGCUUCGCCUUCAUCGGCCUCUACCUCGUCUACCAAGCCUACCGCUACAACUUCCUCUUCGUCUACGAACCCCGCAUCGACACCAAGGGUCUCGUAUACCCCCGAGCCCUCCAGCACCUCCUCACUGGUAUCUACCUCGCAGACGUCUGCAUGAUCGGCCUCUUCGCCAUCAAAGGCGCAAUCGGUCCCCUAAUCAUAAUGGUCCUCUUCGCAAUCCUCACCGUACUAGCCCACAUGUCCCUCAACGAGGCCCUUGCCCCCUUCAACAACUUCCUCCCCCGCACCCUCGACGCCGAAGAAGAAGCCCAACAAGCCAAGGAAGAGGCCCAAGCACUCAACCACACCCGCAACAGAUGGGAAGCCACCUGGAAAUGGUUCCACCCUAACCUCUACCGCGACUAUGCUGCACUCCGCCGGAAGGUCCGUCGAGACCACGUCGAUAUCAGGUACUCCGAAGAAGAACGGUACAAUGCCUACUACGAACCGUGUAUCAUAUCGAAAACACCGACGAUCUGGAUUCCGAGGGAUAAGUGGGGUUUCAGUCAGCAGGAGGUGAUAGCGACGGAUCCAAUUAUCCCUAUUACGGAUGAGGGGGCGCAUCUCGAUGAGAAGAAUAAGAUUGUUUGGGAUAAAUAUGAUCCCAAUUUACCCUUAUCGGAGUUGAAGAUAUUAUAUUGAUGGGUUUUCUUUGGGCCGGAAGUUAUGACGCCUCUUCACCUUGUAUAUAGCUAAAUACGGUAAUUUGGGCGUUGGGAUCU